AUGAGGCCCAGCCAAACCGGAGUUCGUGCUGGACGUGGAUGCACAGACCAGAUAUUUACGCUGAGGCGCAUUCUCGAAUUUCGCCAUAGCUACCAACAACCGACGGCCGUCUGCUUCAUUGACUUUGUCGCCGCGUUUCUUUCCGUUCACCUGUGGCGGAUAAUGGCGCUAGAUGGUGUACCGGCAAAAAUCAUCGCCAUGAUUAAGGCCUAUUAUCGCUCCACUAUUGCGAGAGUCCUGGUCGGCAAUAAUCUUUCCCAACCGUUCGGUAUUCGGCUUGGCCUCCGACAGGGUUGUAUCCUGUCACCCAUACUAUUCAACUAUGCUAUUUAUUGGAUCCUCGGGAUGGCCCUACGCGAGAGUGACAACGUUGAGUUUGCACCCGGACAUCGACUGACUGAUCUCGACUAUGCCGAUAAUACCGUCUUACUUGCUUCAAGUUUUGGUGAUCUGCAGUCUAUGGUGUCACGGGUGAACGAGGUCGCUAAAUCGGUCGGUUUAUCCAUAAACGCUGGGAAGACCAAAGUGUUUUCAAGCUACAUCCCUGACCAGAAGACACCCCUCGUGAUUGACGGCCGUCAACUUGAAGAAGUGGACAGUUUUAAGUACCUCGGGGCUAACAGACUGAGUAAGGAGGACAUUGUCUCCCGAAUCGAUGCUGUCCGCUGGGUUUUCUCAAGCCUUUGGAAAUGUCUAUGGAACCGACGUGACCUCUCUAUUGCCACUAAGAUUCGCGCGUACCGUGCAUCUGUCCGGCUUGUCCUUCUCUACGGUUGUGAAUGCUGGGCUUUGCGUGUGGAGGACAAGCGAAAACUAGAGGUAUUUGACCAUCACUGCUUGAGGACCAUCCUUCGAGUGAAGUUCACCGACUUCGUCUCAAAUGAGACAGUCAGCGCUCGCUGCGACAACAUCGCAAGGAUAACUCCAGCCAUCCAAGAAAGACGACUGAAUUGGUUCGGCGAUGUUCUUCGUCGUCCACCUCAGGAGCUCAGUGUUACUGUCCUCGACCCGGCAACGUUACCCCAUUGGAGACGUUGA